UCCAUGUCAUUCAGUUCUGCGCCAUGGAAACCUUAAAUACCCAGUUCGCGAGGCUGCCCAAAUGCAAACUCCAUCCUCUUCCCCGCGUUGGCACGAAGGAAGUUUCAGCUCUUCCCCACAGUCCGCCUCCUCUGCCGCUGCCACGCGUCGACGCAGAUCCUAGCCUGCGCAAGCCCUUCCCUUCAAAUCUAACCGGUAGAAAUACUCCUGCUGCGUCUGUUCCCCCAUCGCUGCGCCUACAUCGUCUACGCAUCCCUCGGAAUCGGUCACAGAUUCGUUGCCUCCACGGAUGCCUCACCGCCACCAAGAUUGACCCGUGCGAGCUGUUCUUGAUGGAGGAUUCUUCCUCCUCCAACGACUCUGAUUUAGAGGACUUGCUCGAUGACGACAUCGAGCAAACGACCAUAAUCCUUGCGGCGUAGGAGAUCAUGGAUGUGAAGCCGAAGAAGCGUCAGGGGUCGACCAUGGGACGGCUGUGCAUCCCCCGGAACUGCGCUCGUGGGCACAAUAUGCUCAUGAGGGAUUAUUUUGCUGAGGUACCGGCUUAU